AGUAGCAGAGAUAGUUGUAGCAGUAGCAGUAGUUGUAGCAGUAGUUGUAGCAGCAGCAGUAGUAGCAGCGACACCACCAAAGUAGGGAGGGGUGCAGCAUUCGCGAGACAACAGCACGACGAAAAAAAGACUGAUAGAAAUCAUCCUCUAGAAAGCAGCAGUAGUAGUAGUAACACCACCACCACCACCAGCAGCAGUAGUAGUAGCAGUUGUAGUAUCAGCAGCAGUGGUCGUGGCGCUACUAUACAGAGUG